CGUAAAGCCGACUUCGCAACCGGUAGUCUUGAGUGAUUGAAAGAAUUUCAUACACGAUUACGAAAGUCUAUUAACGUUUCAAGAAUUAAUAUUGAAAUGUUUAUGUAAUUAUUUUUUGCUUAAAGAUAAAUAUACAGCAAAAUGUCUGAGCCACCUAUUUGUGUGAAUGUGUAUUCAACAAGCGCAACUUCUGACAAUCUCAGUCGACAUGAAAUGCUUAAUUGGGUAAAUGAAUGUCUUCAAAGCCAAUAUUCAAAAAUUGAAGAAUUGUGCACUGGGGCAGCCUAUUGUCAAUUCAUGGAUAUGCUGUUUCCUGGGAGUAUAUCAUUAAAGAAGGUGAAGUUCAAAACAGUUUUGGAGCAUGAAUAUAUUCAGAAUUUCAAGUUAUUACAAGCAGCUUUUAAAAGAGUCGGUGCUGAUAAGCACAUACCAGUUGACAAGUUGAUUAAAGGCAGAUUUCAAGAUAAUUUUGAGUUCCUUCAAUGGUUUAAGAAAUUUUUCGAUGCCAAUUAUGGUGGUCAAGAAUAUAAUGCUUUUGAUGCCCGAAAUGGGGUUUCAAUUGGCAAUUCUGAUGGACGAAGUAUGAAUGUUGCUAACAAGUCAGGGUCAACAAAUCGUCUUACUUCCAACAUAACACAAAAAACAAUUGCUCGUGCUGCACCAUCUCCAAGGACAAAUACAUCUAGAAUUGCAACUCAAAGGGUUACAAAUAGGUUAAGUGGUGGUGAUUCUCAUAGAAUAGAUGAGCUUACAAAUCAGCUUGCUGAAAUGAAAAUAACUGUUGAUGGACUAGAGCGUGAACGUGAUUUUUAUUAUGGAAAGUUAAGAGACAUAGAAGUUUUGUGUCAAGAACAGGAAGUGAGCGAAGAGAAACAAACUUUUAUUGAGAGUAUUUUGGAAAUCUUAUAUGCAACAGAGGAAGGGUUUGCUGUUCCUGAUGAUAUUCCUGAGGAUGGCGUUCCUUCUCAAAAUGAUGAAGAUGAAUAUUGAUAAUUUAGGGGCGAAUGCUUCAUUCUAUGGUUAUCUCUCAUGACUUUUCUUUGUUUAACAUGCUAUUUUAAAUUUUAUGAAGAUUGUUGUAGAGUUAUUUGCACGAUGCGAUCCUUACGGAUGCAGCAAAUUCAUCAUUAUGCCCCUUCUAUUACAAGCUUUGACACACAUAUGAGGUUUUAAACAUUGCUUGUUCCUGAAAAGAAUGGAAGUUAGACUAUAAUUCAUUGACGAUUUCAAGUUUUGUUCAAUUUGUUUUAAACUCUAUUAAUUUCUUUAAAAUACUCUUACUUACAAAUUAUUUUAUGUGGAGUAAUAAUUUUUAGACAAGGUUGUUGCUGCUAUUUUUAUUAUUCAGUGUCUGUGAUUGUACUAAUUGCCAGCAUUACCAUAUGUUAUGCUACAUAAAGUAAUUUAACAGUAUUAUUUACAUUGAUUAUAGCUAAAAUUGUAAGGUAAAAUAAUCCUAAUUUUGUCGUUUUUAUAAGUCUUUCACCCUAGUUAAGUUUAAACAAAUGUAUGUACAUAAUUGCUGUUUGUCAAAUGAGGAAAAAAAAAAGAUUGGUAAUAUUGUAGAUCUUCUAAGUAAAUUUAAUAUUUUUACAUUAAUAUUUUAUUUGAUAAGUUUGGUGCUGAACUUUGCAGUUACAUUGGUUUUGAACUGUAACAUGAAAAUUAAAUUAAUGUAAAUAAUAUGUAUGAUAAUUUUACCAUCUCUCACUACAAACUACAGAAAAAUUUGCCUUAUUCACUGCUCUACAAGCUCAAAAAUUUCAAAAUAUGUCUGCAUUAUUAAUAUGCUAACAAAUUUUGUAGUUCAUAAUGAUAAAUAUUGAAGUUUCUAAAUGUGCAUCUUUUGUCUCCCAAAAGCAGAAAAGCAAGCUUUAUAAUGGACAUGGUUCAUGAAUUUGACAUGAUUUUUUAGUGUGAUGCAUUUAUUUAUUAUUGUUAGUACAGUACUGGCAGCUUGAUAAAAUCAUGCUUGUUCUGAUCCAAAUUAUAUUUAUGAAGGGGUUGAUUUUUAAUUCACUCAAAAUGUUUUUUGAAUAAAUAAGUAGUUAAAUUUAGUUUGAAUAUUUUUUUAAUUUAUAAAACCAAGUGGUUAAUUACCAAUUCACUUUCUAUCCAAGAGGCUUGAAUCCUGCUGAGCGAAUCAUGCCAUCUAUACUUCUCACUACAUUUUAAGGUAAUUCCUUUCUGUAUUGACAUCUGUAAGAUUCAAUAAUAAGAUUGAACAAUACUGAAACUGGAGUGUCUGUCUUAGGAACACAAGUUUUUCUACGAUAAACUUGUAGGACUCGCCAAGCUAUUGUUCAAAAUAAAAACAUUACAUGUUAGUUUUUUCAUUGCACUAGAAAUCAACGAAAGCUGUGGAUGUGGUUUGUAAUUUCCAGUUGCUGUUGGUAGGCCAUAGAGAACCUCUCGGCUCUUUUGUAAAAAAGAAGCUUUUAUACUGUCGUUGACAAAAGUAUUUUCCCUUGCAGUUCCUGUUAUGUUGUGCCGGCAAAUUUUUGAUUUUCUUGCAUCUGUUAUUGAACCUAGUUUUUAACAAGUGAGUGAGUUUGGUUUAUGUCCAAUUAAAGUCCUUUUUUUGAUUGUGUUGAAAGAUUGACUAAGUCUUUCUUUGGAUCAGGCUAAAUGUCUGUUUUUCAGUGACUUGACUCUGUAAAUGUGCCUCUUUUAAUUAUUAUCAUUUUGAUGUUUUUGUCUUGUCAACUAGCUACUAAUAGGGAUGAAAUUAUGUUAUGAUCAGUUAUGUUUUAUUUAUGCUAAUUAUUUGACUUUCUUGGCAAUAACAUCCACAAGAGAUAGGAGUCUUGCUGCAAGCUGACAUUCUAGGACCUCCCUUGAAGCCUACUGCUUCCUAAUCACUUCAACUCGUGAAUCAAGUUUCCAUUUGUUACAGUUUAGGCAUAAAAUUGGUCUUAAUAAAAACAAAUAAUUGUAUGGUAAUGGGGAAAUUUCAAGACCCUUGUCUACAUUUUGAGGUACAUGCCGUGCAAUAUUUUCAUGCUCCUCUUUUAAGUACAGACAUCUUGCACUUGCAGUGAUUUUAAAUAAAACUAAAAAUUCUCUUUCAAGAACUGCAAAGAAAAAAAACUAUUUACCCUAAUUUAUUUGUUGGUGAAAUUGUGCACGUACUAUAAACUUGAAGGAAUGCAUACCUUGAUGUUUCUCUCAUAUAUACCUUUCCUAUUCUGUAACAAUAUUUGCUUUCUACCCUUCCUUAUUUACUACCAAAGUUAUGCUUAGUAUAAGGAACAAAUAAUAUAGACAGAUGUGAUUAAAAACCCAGGGUUUUUUUUUUCCCCGAACUGUGAACUUGCUUGCAUAGUGGAUGAUUUUGAACAUUUUAUAUCUUUUUUUAAAAUUAUUCUAUUAACCGGUGAUACUGAUUUUAUUAGGCAGCAGAUUUUCAUUGCAUUGAUUUGCUUCCCCUCUUGAUGGUUUGAUUACAGUUAGUGACUGAUGAUAUUAAAUAUUGAAUUCGUUUAGAGGCGGGUACUUUAUUUUAUAAAUUUUUGUGAAGUUUAUUUGCUGAAGAAUAUUUAAAAUUAUAUUGAUUUUUUUUUUUUCAAAAAAAUCCUCAAAUUCAUUUUGAGGCAUCAAAUCAAUUGAGGCAAAAACUUGAAUUAAUUGUGAGCAACAUGAAUGUCAAUUCGAUUGCAAAAGACAAAGUUACGGAAGUUUAUUCUAUGGACAUUCUCUAGAGAUGGCCUGCUUUGUAAAGUAGUAUUUAUUAAAAUAUGUAUGCAAUACUGUAAUCUUUUAACACGUUUCCCUUUUUAAGAAUAAAAAGGGCUUUUUUUAAGCCAUGCCGAUAGUAUAUGUAGAUGGAUAAAUGUGAACAUUCCACAGUGUUUACACCCUUUAUGCAAAAGCUUUUAUUAGAUCAUCCAGAACUUAAGCUUGAUUUAUCCAGUGGGCCUACUCUUAAGAAAAUCUUAACUUCUAGAAAUAGGAUUCAUUUCUUAGUUCAAUUGCAAUCUCAUAUUUUCUGUUUUAUUUAAAAUCUUUUAUUUACUUGGUGUUUACUUUCUUUUGGGAAACUUUAGAUCAUGUGAAUUUACUUCCUCGUAGUGUUGUUGGAAAAUAAGUAUACUUAAUGCACACUGAUUUGUAAUUAAUUUUUCUGUCAACUUGUAUGGUUGAAAGUUAUUUUUUAAAUAAAAACAGCUGUGCAAUGCU